AUGACGGUCUUCGGUGGUUUCGGCGUGCAACCUCAAACACAGACACAGCAACCUGCUCAAGGAAGUUCUGUGUUUGGAGGAGGUGCUUUCGGACAGACACAGCAACAACAGCCAUCCGGACCAACUUCGAUGUUUGGGCAACAAAGACAAUCAUUGAUGAUGAGUACCACACCCAUAACCGGACCUGCACCUUUUUCAAAAUCUACGAAGUUUAAUGAUCUUCCGGAUGAUAUCAAGAGGACGUUUGAAACUAUCGACUCGCACAUUCAGGGACGUAUACAAAUAAGCAAUGAGCUUACACAGCAAAAAAUGGGGGAAGAGGCGAUCAAGGGCCAGGAGUUAAUUCGCGAAUUGCACAAGUAUGCUCAGUUACCGACUUUAUCGAUUCAGGAGCUGCUUGGUGUAUCCUCCGUUAUUCAGUCGGACUCUCUUUUCGCCAAGGACCUGAAAGUGAAGACUGAACAAGCAGUUCAAGACAUGAUUGUCGCAACCAACAUCAUCGAGUAUGCCAUAUGA